UGAGAGUUAAAAGGGAAGGUCUGGCCAGGGGUCCCUGGACAGAGGAUUCUGACAGCCCACACAGCAGGGCAGGGGCACCUCCGGUUCUCCUUCCUCCUUUCUACUGACGACUCCCAGCCCCGGUCCCCGCUAUGAAACCCUCGCACCACCACCUUUCCGCUGCCUCUGGCGCCUGGGCCCUGAUGAAGCUGCUGCUGCCGCUAUUGAUGGCGCAACUCCGGGCCGCGGAUGCGCUCCCCGUAAAUGACACGGACUUGGAUCUUGCGACCUUCGGCGCCCCGUGCGCGCGCAGCUCGCAGCCCUGGCAGGUCUCCCUCUUCAAUGGCCUCUCAUUUCACUGCGCAGGCGUCCUGGUGGACGAGAGCUGGGUGCUCACUGCCGCGCACUGCUGGAAUAACAAGCCACUGUGGGCUCGAGUUGGGGACGACCACCUGCUGCUUCUCCAGGGGGAGCAGCUCCGCCUGGCUAGCCACCCUGUUGUCCACCCCAAGUACCGCCAGGGCUCAGGCCCCAUCCUGCCUAGGAGGACAGAUGAGCACGACCUCAUGCUGCUGAAGCUGCGCAGACCCGUUGUGCAGGGGACCCGCGUCCAGACCCUGGAGCUGCCCCACCGCUGUGCCCAGCCAGGAGACCAGUGCCAGAUCGCUGGCUGGGCCACCACAUCUUCCAGGAGAGUGAAGUACAACAAGGGCCUGAGCUGUUCCAGGGUCACCAUCCUGAGCCGUAAUGCAUGUGAAGUCUUCUACCCUGGGGUGGUCACCAACAACAUGAUUUGUGCUGGACUGGACCAGGGCCAGGAUCCUUGCCAGAGUGACUCAGGCGGCCCCUUGGUGUGUGACCAGACCCUGCAGGGCAUCCUCUCCUGGGGCGUUUACCCCUGCGGCUCUGCCCAGCACCCGGCUGUUUACACCCAGAUCUGCAAAUAUGUCCCCUGGAUCAAGAAAACCAUUCGCUCCAACUGAUCCAGCCCUGGAGACCCCUUCACCACCUGUCCUCCUCCUCUGCCCUUCCUCCCCAUCCAGCCAGAUCCUCUGUGUCUGCCCACCCAUCUGUUCCCCUGUCCCUUCAUUCCCCCGCCACUCCUGUUCUCUGCUCACACUGGAGCCCAAGUACAGAAAGUUGUGGCAAAGGUUUGUUUGGGAAAAGCAAGGAACCUGAAAGUCCCUACUGUGUGACCUGGGGCAAGCCAAGUACCCUCUCUGAGCCUUGGUUUCCUCACCUGCAAAAUAGGGACAAUGAAGUGCCUACCUCUGAAAUGCACUGUGAAGAGCAGGUGAUGGACCGUGUGCAAAUCUUUAUGAUAAUUGUCAUUUAAGCCUGAACAGCGUGUGGUGAGCAUUGACUAAAUGGUACCUGUUGUCAUGACCGCAUCUUGGAAAAAGUGUCUCUGUCCCAGGGAGAAGAGAGUCUGGGGUAGCCCUCUCUCCAAACCCCCAGCCCUGCUUCCUGGCUGAUGGGAGAGUCAUUCCCUGCUCUCCUGGGGGGGGCUCCGGAAGCAGCUGCACCUCUUCCUCCUUCCCACCCUCUAGUUCCUGCUUCCAGGUCCAGUCAACAGCCCCUCCUGUCCCAGGAGUGGUGAGGCUCCCUCGACUCAUCUGGCUCCCUCUCUGCCUUCAGGGGGCCACUGGAACUCAAGGGAACUCACUCCGGGACCAGAGGCUGGAGCCUCAGUUCCUAUGUGUGUGCCCAGAAGCCUCCCUCGAAGGUUUAGGGGGAAAUCUUUGAUUUGUUAUUAACUGGCUUGGAGAUUUUUGUCCUGAAAGCUUGGAAGGAGAGAUUUUUUCCUCUUCCUGAAAUUAUCUCUGUGUAAAUAUUUCUUUGCUGGGGGCAGGGUGGUUAUACACAGAAUCCAGGAGAAAUAAAUGAAUAGAUGUUCGA